CACGGCCAGAAACCAUCGCACUAGCGUCGAGCCAGGGAAGGUGCGACCGGAGCAAGAGACGCCAAGCUCCACGUCUCAGAUCGCCCUCGACCUCUCCACUUCACUCUCCCAGGGGCUCAACUGUCUCUUUAUAAAACGCCCACCUACACCCCCAAUUGAUCCGAGGAACUACGACCCGGCAUCAUGGCUUCCUUUCAGAGAUUCCUCGUCUCGGUCCUGCUGAUCCUCUCGGUCACUUUUGUCUUCUUUGCGCAGGCCUCUGAGGCGGCCAAGGGCCCUAAGAUCACCCACAAGGUCUACUUUGACAUCACCCACGGCGAUGAGGAGCUCGGCCGCAUCGUCAUCGGCCUGUAUGGCAAGACUGUCCCCAAGACCGCUGAGAACUUCCGUGCUUUGGCUACCGGCGAGAAGGGCUUCGGCUACGAGGGAUCUGCGUUCCACCGCGUUAUCAAGCAGUUCAUGAUUCAGGGUGGUGACUUCACAAAAGGCGAUGGCACGGGCGGCAAGUCUAUCUAUGGCAACAAGUUCCCUGAUGAGAACUUCAAGCUCAAGCACACUCGCAAGGGUCUUCUCAGCAUGGCGAACUCCGGAAAAGACACAAACGGCUCGCAGUUCUUCAUCACCACCGUCGUCACCAGCUGGCUCGAUGGCCGCCACGUCGUCUUCGGCGAGGUGCUUGAGGGCUACGAGAUUGUGGACAAGAUCGAGAACGUGCCCAAGAGCGCAGGCGACAAGCCUACCAAGGCCGUCAAGAUCGCCAAGAGCGGCGAGCUCGAGGUGCCAGAGGAAGGUAUUCACGCGGAACUCUAGGCCAGUGAUGUGGCUGCCCAGAUGCUAGAGAGCUGCUGAUUGUUUCAUUUUUCAAGAUUUAUACGGUUCAGCCGAGCCUGCCGUUGCAGGAGACAAUCUCGACGUUACUUCCACUGCGGUUGAUGCUGUCGAGUCGGGAAGCCUGUCCAAGGGCAACUCGACCAUUCAGACCUCUGGUGCUGUUGAUUUGGGCCUGUCGUUGGGACAGAAGAUGUUCUUUAUUGUAGCUAUCGUUGCUGUGUGCUUUUUCUUCCUUCGUUCGCGUGGAGGAAAGGCAAAUGGUUUGGAUGGGUUUAAGAGCAAAAGUAUGGCGUAAGCUUAUGAUAGGAUGAUGUUAUGCAAUAGCUUGACAACUACAGUGGUUGUUGGAGUGAAAGUUU